AUGGCACUGCAGCCUCAGACGAGCACGUACGAGACCACCACGCAUGCUGGAGCCGACUUCACCAAGAGAGUCACGACUCUCUGGAUGAUAGACUUUGAUGAUUGCCAUGACAUUACAAUCGAUGAGGCUGGUGUCAACAAGGCUGUCACGGCCUUCCUUGAGACAAACCAUUACUGCCCCAAACACCACACAGGUAGCAGCUUCAUCGAGAGUAUGUGGAAAGAAUUCUCCACCAGAUAUCUUCUCUACAGCCGCAACAUCUUCGCAAUCCGCCGGGAGACGAAGUUCAAUCAUCUUCCUGCCAUGUUUAUCGAGAAGAUCAUGCAACGGACAGCUGCCCGGAAGGAGGGCAGUUCCAGCGUCCGCGGGUCACGGGGUGGUGCUUCUCCGAGCCCAAGAGGUUCGGGCAAGAGCCCUGGAUCGCAGAGAUACGACAAAGCGCCCUCUUCAUCAACCAAAGACAGCAGUGCACAAACUGGCGGCUCUCCUCGCGGACGUGGAGGUGGAGGUGGAGGUGGAGGUGGAGGCCGGCGUGGAUCUGGAGGAGCCGGACGUGGCGCAACUCCCUGGUAG